CCUGAGAGAAACAGCAGAAACAUCUCAACGUGAGUUCAGCUGCGCCUGUCAUCUGUCACCUCGGCUCUUUCUGCUUCGUCAACACACGGACCGGGAAUGGAAAACUCUCCAAGAUAGUUUCUGAAGAACAUAGGAGCGGAACUGUGCUAAAACUAAUAGAGAUGCAGACUUUCCUGAAAGGCCGGAGAGUCGGCUACUGGCUCAGCGAGAAGAAGAUGAAGAAACUGAAUUUUCAGGCCUUUGCUGAUUUGUGCAGGAAAAGAGGGAUAGAUGUUGUUCAGCUGGAUUUAAGCCAACCUCUGGAGGACCAAGGUCCUUUGGAUGUCAUCAUCCACAAAUUGACUGACCUGAUCCUGGAAGCUGACCAGAAUGAUUCCCAGGCGGUGAUGUUGGUACAAAGAGUACAGGAUUACAUCGACGCCCACCCUGAGACCGUUGUUCUGGAUCCACUACCGGCCAUCCGAACUCUGCUGGAUCGCUGCAAGUCUUACCAGCUGGUCCACAGAAUAGAGAGCCGUAUGCAAGAUGAGAGGAUUUGCUCUCCUCCUUUCAUGGUCCUGAACACGGAAUGCAGUCCAGAUGUGCUGGAGGACAUCAAGAAGCAAGGACUCACAUUCCCCUUCAUUUGCAAAACGAGGGUGGCUCAUGGCACCAACUCGCACGAGCGGAAAUCAAUAUCUGUGUCAUGCUUGCCCUCGUUCCAUCACUCUGACGGCUCUGAAAUGGCCAUCAUCUUCAGUGAGGAGGACCUGAAGAAUGUGAGCCCUCCGUGCGUAAUCCAGAGUUUCAUCAACCACAACGCAGUCCUCUACAAGGUCUUUGUGGUGGGUGACUCCUACACUGUGGUGGAGAGACCUUCCCUGAAAAACUUUCCUGCUGGGCCUUCAGACAGGAAAGCCAUAUUUUUCAACAGUCACAAUGUUUCCAAGCCGGAGUCGUCGUCAGACUUGACCUCGAGAGCAAACGUGGAAGGAGUGUCUCAGCCACCUUGUGAUGAUGUCAUCAGAGAGCUCUCCAGGUCACUGCAGCAGGAGCUGGGCGUGUCCCUGUUUGGCAUCGAUGUGAUCAUAAACAACCAAACCGGCCAGCACGCCAUUAUUGACAUCAAUGCAUUCCCUGGCUAUGAAGGCGUUCCAGAAUUUUUCAAUGACCUGCUGAAUCACAUAAGCAGCGUGCUCCAGAGCCACAGCCCUGACUUUGUCCCCGCCAGUGAGCAGUCCAAAGGCCUCCCCGUCAGCACCACCGUCCCCAGCAGCACCCCCCCGGCCUUGGGCUGCUGCAGCAGCAUGCGGGGGAAGGACAUGCAGAGACUAGGCUGCAACUCGGCCGUGUCCCCCAACUUUCAGCAGCACUGUGUCUCCACUAUAGCUACCAAGGCUUCCUCCCAGUGACUGAGUCCAUACCCCACUGUGUUUGAUCCCUGAAAAAAAAAAACAAAUCACAAAGAUAAUAAUAAUAAUGAUAAUAAUCAAAGUAAUUAUGAUGUUAAUAUAUCUAAUCAAAAUCUUUUUCCUAUAUAGUUACUGAAAUAAUUGGUGAUUGGGUGUAACCUUUUUGUCUUUCUGCCUUUUUGUAUGUUUUGUCUAAUAAGACUUAAAGAGUACUGUAAUGUGAACUGUUGGGAACUUUGACCUAAUUUUGCUUUUUCUCUCCUGUGGGGUUCUCUAUAGUGAAAGGGUCCAGAUGGAAUGGCUAAAGAAAAGGGCCUCAUCCAUGCUGGAGAAUUAUGUGCCACCAAAUGUGCAAUGUCUAAGCCUCCCCUCUCCCAGGUUCACACAAACAUUUACACAGCAACAUGCUUUGCCAGUUACUUGUGUGUGUAUUUGUGGUCAGUACCACUGAUAAUGAGGGCACCGGUGGGCAUUACUCCACACAUCCAAGGCUGCUGACUGGCAGAGGACAUGAAUGUUAGAAGGGUUUUCUUAGUUGGAACAAACAUGCAGUUUAUCAUUCUGAGUGCCAUCAAUCCCACGGUAAAGGAGCUUUGUAGAAAGGAAAGAGAAAUUCCUCAUGACUGUUUAAAACAUCUGAUUUUUUUUAAAUUCUUCUAUAUAAAUCCAUGUCCUCCUCAUUUAUGCAGCCACUUUAAGUUUAAUUCCUGCAUGCGUGUGCAACUUUUGAAGUCACUCCAGUGAAGAAAGGAUCACAUUCCUGCUCGUUUGUGAACGUUUUCAGAGAAAUUCCGACAUUAGAAUUCCAGUGGUAUAGUGUGAGCUUUCCUCUCAUCCCAGCAUGGUGUAACCAAGAAACUUUAAGAGCUGCCGUGAGGCUGAACCGGUAAAUCUGUGCUAUCAUUCACCCUAAACUUAGUUUUCUGUGGUCACUGAAUAGGUAAUAUUUGCUUUAUUGUGACACUUCAUAUAAGAAUCCAGUCGAGCUCAGAUAUUUGGUCGGUUUUCUCAUUCAGCUGCUGUAUUUGAUUUUUUUUUUUUUUUUCACAUUUAAAGUGGGUGGAGGGUCCAGCUGUUGUUCCCACUCUUUACUAUGUGAUUUAUUUUUUUAAGAUUUACGAAGAGCACAUUUAUUUUAUAGAAAUAAAAGAGAAAAUGUUUUAUAUAAAAUGAUGUGAAAGCAGUGAAGCUUUUGAACAAAAAAUAACAAAUUUAAAUGGAAAAAUGUUGGUGCAGACGGUCUUAAAGGGACAGAUGAUCUUACGGUGUAACUAGUGGGAACCAGUGCCAACCUGCUGUGCGGUAAAAUGACUGCUUUUGUGUGAACCUGCUCAUUUUUCUCUUCCCGCAGACGGCUGCCGAUCCAUAUCUAAGGGAAUUGAUUACACUUUGGUUUGCUCUGUCGUCAUAAAUCCCUGCAAACACAUCACCAGCAACAUGUCUUGAAAUCAUAGCUUAGAUUUUUUUUUUCCACUUAUUGCUUAUGGAAUGUUAUGAUUUUAAACAUCUGAGUGCAGAGAAGCAUCCAAAGCCACAAUAGCUUCAGAGGAAUCGAUUUCUUUACCUGGCAGUGUUGAUAUGGAAUUUCCCUGUGCACACACCACUGAACUGUACCAUUCCUUGUUCCUUACUGUACUAGGUUCUUCCUAUCAGUGGUUUUCCUGAUAUCCAUCCAGCCUCCAUGUUUACUUCUUGGGUGUCUUGUACAAAACUUGUGCACCUGGAUUUACAUCCAUGCACUACUUUUUUGUAUCGGUUCUGUAAUCAAAAAUCCACAUUUGUGACUUUUUUUUUUUAAUUGAAGGGCCAAUUACACAGACAAAAAUAAAUAAGUGAAAACCUA